AACAAACAGGGGUGUAUGAAAUGCUCGAGAUUGAAACACGUUUGUCCAAGGCUUGCACAAUUGCGGUUGCUGUGCUGUGCUCUUUCCUUCCCGUUUCCUCAGUCGCAAUCGAAGAAAUGUCACAUGACCAAAACAUCAAGCCGGUGGAAAGUCACAAUGUGAAUCAACCAUGGUGAAAGUCCUCUGUUGCCAUCACUUUGCGUCACAGGAUGUGUUUAGCACACAGGGGGAGCCACUGUGCAUGUGUGCUACUGAUGACUACGUGUUCGUUACAACCACUAGCUGCAGCAUAGAUGUCCAUUCUUUGAAAGAAAAAGGAUGUCCUCUUGUGUUCCAAGUGCCCAAUAUAUCCCCCGCUAAGCAGUUGUUUUACAGCAAACAAGGAAAGUUUUUGGCCACGCUGGAGUUUAAGAUGUCGCGAAAUGUUACUUUCACGUUUGCUCGCGUCUAUGUCAACUGGGACCUCCACUGUGGUAGCCACGGUCAAAUGAAAGUACGCCUUGCAGGUCACCAUGGAAACAGGAGGAGCCGGACCAAUCAGAGUAGUCCUCAGUUAGAGGUGAUAGAAAUCCCCACCCCUCGUCAGCCAAUGUGUCUCAGUGUUUGUCCAGUCAGUGGUCAUUUGGCCGUAGGCUAUGACACCGUGGUCAGUGUACAUCGAGUCACAGAAGAGUUCAUUUCCAGCACCGCGGCCUCAAGUUCUGGUGACAUUUUCCACGAUGUUGAGCACCUUUUUGACAUAUCACUUACUUUUGCCGUCAUUGAGGUAGCUAUACAUGAAAAUUUCAUCGCAGCAGCAUCUCAGAACGUUAUUCAGGUUAUUAAGCUGUGUUCAGACCUGGCGCUACUCUCAGAGGUAGCAAUGACGGUCUCGCCUCUACAAGCUGAACCAACGGACGAGUCAAAGUACAUACUUAAGCAUAUCUUACAGCAUAGGAAUAAAGAGAGAGAUGGUAGCACUAGUAAACUGUUGUUGUCAUUGAAUGAUUCUGAAGCAGACGCAACAUCAUCCGAUUUGUCUUCUAGUCCAACGUUGUCCACAAAGUCAUCGGACAUGUCAGGAAUUUUGGAGCACCAAGUUGAAGAUGAGUAUUGCACAGAGUGGGGUUUUGAGGAGGGGGAGGUGGAGAUCGUGUUGCCCAUGCAAGGGGGACGCAUGUCCAAACAAUCUGUUCCCAGGAACAUCGUCCUUGAUCACCUUGAGAAAGUGAGAAGUAGCCAGCUAGAUGAGCCCUCAGCCACUGAGCUCCUAGGUCCAGUACGGGCUGACCACCCCCUGGCCGCAGUACAGAUUAAACUGCACGCUGAAGGAGUGCCUGACUUCCAUGCAGUGAACUUGCUGUGUCGAAGAUUUGGAUUGACUCUGUUUCAACUUCAUUCUCUGCAACUUUUGCCAACCUAUACAAAAGAGCCUGCUGCCACCUAUAUUCCAAGUGGACCAUUUUCUUGCCAGUCCUCAGAGGGUUUGACAGGAAUGUCUGUGUUUGUCAGCGGAAAGAGAGUGGGCUACAUGUACACCGUCAGUCCCAAGGUAGAUGCGCUUCCAGAGUACCCUUACACAAUUAAUGCCAAGAAGGUCACUGUUGGCCCUCAUUUCCUCCAUGCUGUCACCGAGACUGGUCUGGAAACAUAUACCUCCAGGAGCUCCCUGGCUGCAUUACAUCAUACAGAAACUUUUGAUGGAAUACACAAGGCGUCUCCACCUCACAGCCUAGAGAUAUGCCUCAUUGGGAUGCAACCAUUCAUAGGGCUGGGAGAUGUAUUUUGUACACCAAGUCAUACGAUUCUACUGUCCAAAGAUCUCAGCAGCAGUUUUUCAUACAGUAACAGAGGAGAAAAGGGCAGUUCAUUGCAGGUUAAGAAAAGAGGGGGCGUUCCUGUGAACGUUAAACUCACCCCAGUGUAUGAGCUAGGCCAGUUUAAGUAUCCAAGAACUCGUAUGGAAUGGAGUCUGUAUGCUCUGGAGAACAGCACAGUCCAGGAUAUUUACAGGGACAUGGUAGAAAUGGGUAUGAGGAACAAACAGGGCAACCCACCAGCUUACCUCCAGUUGAUCCAAGAGGCUCAUAUAGCACUGAAACAAAACAUGCUGAUAGGGGGCGCUGACAACAAGUCUUCUCAUGAUCUCUAUCUGGAGUCGUGCGCCCUGCUGGGGGAGUAUUAUGCCAGCCCCCAGUCUGAACACUAUGAGCUGGCCCUGCCGUAUUACAUCAUGUCUGACCUGACUGUUGGAGAAAUAAUGUCCCGGCUUUUUCCCCCACAGCCGAAAGAAAAGAUCUCUGAGAACAGUGUUGGCAAAGGACUCAUUCACUAUCUGAACUAUGUACUGUUUGAGAAUGAAGAGGCAGUGACAGUAGAACAACACAUUACGGAGACCAUUCUACAUGUCUACAGUGUGGCCUGUCCAGAUAAACUCCCUGUCAUAGUGUUGGAUUCCAAUCUAACAUGCUACAAUGAUGAACAUGCUCUGAGCAGGCUGAAGUGGUCCUAUCCACUGCUACACAAAGAAGACCAGUACUUGAACCAGCUGGCCCAGGCAGUGGUACAGUUAAGGCUUGGGGAACCUGCAGAGGCAGAGUCCUGCCUCAUGUCUAUACCCAGUGAGGGCAUGGUUCAGGCCUGCCUGAGGUACCACAACAUUCUGCAUGUUGACUUAACUUCACUGUCUCAUGUGGCACAACUUUCCCGCCAGUCCACCCCCAAAAUGUUCAUUGACAUCCUGGUGGCUCUGCAUGAUGAAGGGGUUUUUACUAUGGAUGUGGCUGUAAAGUUAUUGCAGGGUGAACUUUCAACCACAGACUUGUGGACCAAUACUCACAUCAGAGACUACCUGGAGAUGCUGCUGAGCAAUCCAUCAAGACAGUUCAUAUUCAAGGAAGGCUCAAUUCUACUGGCUCAGAUCUACUUGGAUCGUCUGCGUCAUUGGAGGCCAGUUCAGACUCGAACUCUGCCCACUCCUGGGCACUCUCACAUUCCUAAGGGAAGGGGGCAUUUUGGGAAGAGGCAAGCCUGGCUGGAUGACAUGACACCUUUCAAGGGUACUCAGUCCAUCUUCCAUCAGCCUUGCACCAAGUUACAGCUGAGUGCCGCCCAGAGUAAACUCAGGCACAGGAUCGCCUCGGACCCAGUACAGAUCAACAGAUCAAGGCAGGCGGCAGACUUGGUAACGCCAGAGAUGAAACAGAGGUCCAGCGAGAACUUAGACGUUCACACAGUGGUGAAAGAGAAGGCGGGGAAUGUUGAAGGGGAAUGCUCCUGCUGCUGUUGUAAUGAGGAUUUAUUAAANCAUUUUUUUACAAAAGAACUUAAGGCUAAAAAUCCAUCAAGACAGUUCAUAUUCAAGGAAGGCUCAAUUCUACUGGCUCAGAUCUACUUGGAUCGUCUGCGUCAUUGGAGGCCAGUUCAGACUCGAACUCUGCCCACUCCUGGGCACUCUCACAUUCCUAAGGGAAGGGGGCAUUUUGGGAAGAGGCAAGCCUGGCUGGAUGAAAUGACACCUUUCAAGGGUACUCAGUCCAUCUUCCAUCAGCCUUGCACCAAGUUACAGCUGAGUGCCGCCCAGAGUAAACUCAGGCACAGGAUCGCCUCGGACCCAGUACAGAUCAACAGAUCAAGGCAGGCGGCAGACUUGGUAACGCCAGAGAUGAAACAGAGGUCCAGCGAGAACUUAGACGUUCACACAGUGGUGAAAGAGAAGGCGGGGAAUGUUGAAGGGGAAUGCUCCUGCUGCUGUUGUAAUGAGGAUUUAUUAAAGUUACAGUCUCUCCUUUGCUCAAAGUAUGCCACUGUGGAGUUUGUAAAGAAAGUAAUGGACUCCCUGAAUACCUCAUUUGAAGAUUUCUUAGGCCGUGUCUCAGUGCAGCUUCUGUGUUUGACCAAGUUGGACGUGGAGGCAGCCUUGGACUCUGUGAUUGAAAACCACCCUAGCUUGAUCCCAGUGUUUGCAAGCAGUGUGUGUGGAAAUAGGAAAGACCAGUGGAACUAUGUUUUGGACAGUCUAACUUCCAUUUUACGACAGUCCACAGAGUCCAGCUCUAGUCACAAGUUAUAUACGGAGGCUUACAAAGGAGUUGUUCGAAAUUUAAGUGAACUUCUUGACCCUAAGACAUUCCUGAACAUGCUGCCUUCAGAGGGAAACCUGCAAUUUUUUCUGCCUUACUUGCAACGCUGUUGCGAAAUUCAUCUAGCCAAUCAACUGAGAGAUACCAUAAUCUCCAAGGGAGAAACCAUUAAGAAAGAAAUGUGAUUAAUGAAUGGGCAACUUACAAUGUGUUAAUGCUUUCACCAAAGAAAUUUUUUUAAUAAAAUACUGUCCAUGACAUUGCAAAAUGUUAUGGGAAAUGAGGACUUACAGUUAAUGAAAAUUCCCAGAUGGAAUGAAAAUUAUGGUCUUCUGUUCAUAAUAUGAUAAUCAAGAAUGAGAUUCAGGAACUUGCUUACCAGUUUGCUAAAUCAUUGCAGUUGUGAAGAACAAAAGGCCCAAGUGUGCACUGGGAAUCAAAUUUUGAUCUGUGCCAUUUGUCAAGUUGUAUCAACAAAGGUCCACAUUCUCAGGUCUGCAGUCAUAGUUGAAUGAAAGUUAAUUAGUUGCAUAUGUAGAGAGGUAUUCAGGUACACUUAAGUAUUUUAAAUACCCCGAAGGUGUGGUUUAUCUGUUACAUGUUAUGAAGGGGAGAACACAGUCAUGUACGUAGCUGAAUAAUUUUCUUAAAUUUGGAAGACAAAGAAAUGGUGCAAGUUAUUUAAAUGGUCAUAGGAUUCUAUUUGAGGCAGGCAAUGGAGGCGCGUUUAUUGACAAAUGCAUAGCUCUGUGACACAGCCACAACUGAAGUAUGUCUUUAUAGGUUUCAAUAUUUUUUUUACUCCACGUCAUCUUCCAACCAUUUAUGAUUUGGAAUACAUUUUUCCUAUACCAUGACAACUGUGGAGUAGAAACAGCAAGCAUAUGCUGUGUAGUGCAGUCACAGUUUGAGCUUGAAAACUUGUCAUUGGGAAGAGGGAUGCAGGGGUGGAUCCAGAUAUAUUUUCUUCCAAAUUAUCUUUGUGGAUCUAUCCUCCAUUUUUGACCAUCUUCUGAUG